AUGAGUUUCGGCUGCCGGCGAAACAACUUCUCUCCAAACAUCCGGCCCAUCCGACAUAAACUGCAGUUUUCCAACAGUGAUGGAGAGGACGACAGUAUCGAGGAGGCGAACAGCAGUGCAGGAGCAGAAUCUGGAUUUACUGAGCUGGAUUCUCCUUUAUCGAUGAGGCGCAGCAGUACUGAUAAGAGACCGGACGAUCUGAACAGCAGUCCGCUCAGUCGCACCAGGGAGGAGGAGGAGGAGGAGGACCUGGAGUCCUGGGAUGAGGAAGGUUUCGGCUCUCCGUCUCAUCUAAAACCGAGCUUUUUCCCCAAAAACUCUCCGAGGAAAAGUCCUCGUAAUGUUUCUUGCGACAGCUCACCAGAAAGGACAUGUCUUGUUGAUAAUAUGGAGGGAUCAAGCUCCCCGGUCCCGGACUGUCCUGACACACCACCACAUAAAACCUUCAGAAAACUUCGGCUCUUCGAUACUCCUCACACCCCCAAGAGUUUGUUAUCGAGGGCGAGAAGUUCUUCAAGCAGACGAGUUGCGCUCUUCAAGAAUGUGGAUUCCAAAGACAAGGCGAGUCUGGACGGAAGACGAAACCAGACACCUCUGGUCAACAUUAACCCCUUCACCCCAGAUUCAAUCGUCGUCCAGUCAUCAACCCAACAAAGAAACAAUAGAAAGCGCUCCCACUGGAACGACUUCAGUGGAGAGGACAUGGAAGCUAGUGAUCCUGAGAUCGAAAACGAGAUCCUUCCACCGUCAAAGAGACUCACAAUGAUGGAAAAUAACAUGAUGUCCAGAUAUGCAUCUGAGUUUCACGAGCUUGAGAAGAUUGGAUCAGGGCAGUUCGGAUCCGUGUACAAAUGUGUUAAAAGAUUAGAUGGCUGCAUCUAUGCUAUCAAGCGCUCCAAGAAGCCGCUGGCAGGAUCUGUGGAUGAGCAAAAUGCUCUUCGAGAGGUUUAUGCGCAUGCAGUUCUUGGACAGCACCCUCAUGUGGUGAGAUAUUAUUCUGCCUGGGCUGAGGAUGACCACAUGCUGAUUCAAAAUGAGUACUGCAACGGCGGUACCCUGUCAGAUGUAAUUGCUGAAAACUACAGACGCAUUCACUUUCUGUCUGAGCUGGAGUUAAAGGAUCUCUUGCUACAGGUCUCACGUGGGCUCAAGUACAUCCAUUCCACGGCUCUUGUUCACAUGGACAUAAAGCCAAGUAACAUAUUCAUUUCAAGGAAACCUGUGGUAAGAAUUGAAGAAUUUGAAGAUGAGGAUGGUCCCAGCACUGAUGUAAUUUACAAAAUAGGUGAUUUGGGUCAUGUGACCAGGGUGAACAAUCCACAAGUUGAAGAAGGUGACAGUAGAUAUCUGGCUAAUGAAGUCCUUCAGGAGGACUACAGUAACCUCUCAAAAGCAGACAUCUUUGCUCUGGCUCUGACUGUUGUUAGUGCCUCAGGAGCUGAGCCACUGCCCACCAAUGGAGAGAAAUGGCACCAAAUCCGGCAAGGAGUUCUACCCUCUAUUCCUCAAGUGCUUUCUCAGGAGUUUUUAAGCUUGUUGAAGCUUAUGAUACAUCCUGACCAUGCACAACGACCAACAACCUCAGAUCUCAUCAGACACCCUGUUCUUCUGACUGCAUCCAGAAUGAGUGCUGAUCAGUUGCGCGUGGAACUGAAUGCAGAGAAAUUCAAGAAUGCACUCCUUCAAAAGGAGCUUAAAAAAGCUCAACUCGCCAAAGCCGCAGCAGAGGAGAGAGUUCUCUCCACCGACCGUGUUCUGACCCGUUCCACAAUCCAGUCUAGUUCCAGAAGCUCUCGACUCAUUGGGAAAAAAAUGAACCGCUCUCUGAGCCUCACCAUUUACUGAACUGAAUCUUAUAUUAAAUAAGAAAUGUCUGUAUUGUGGAUUUCGCAUGGAGGCGGUUUUGUCCUAAUACCGACUGGACAGCUUGUGUUGUCCCAUGACUCUUAGUGCUUAUACUGUUUUGAUGCAAAGAAGAUGGUUUUAAGUUGAACAAAACAAUGCUUUUACAGAAGCUAAGGAACUCAGUUUGUACUGGAUGUUGACUGAUGUUGCAUGCUUUUUCUUCUUUUUUUCUCAGUUGGCCCUGCCGAUUUUAGUUUUACAUAUUUUAUAUGUAGUAAUUACUAAAGAUAGAAAGAUUCAUCAUAUCAUUAUCACACGAUCGUUUCUUUUCUUAGUUUCACAAAAAGGGUCUGCCUGGUUUCUGUCCUAACUCUAGUGUGUAGAGUUGGGUGCAGAUAGGGGAAUAAAUGUGAAUUUUUGUAAAUGUUCAAGACCUAAGACUUGUGCACCUUACUGCCUGUGAAAAUGCCUUAUGUUAAGCAAUGAAGGUUGCUCCCAUGCUUGUGUAGAUUACCGUAAAACUAAGCACUUUGGAGGCAAUGGGGAACCUGCCAGAAAGUCUGCUGCUAUUCAUGUUUGUCUAUUUCCAAUUGUGGUUUGGAAGAUUUCAUUUAAACUUUUACAUUGUAGAUUUUUUUUCAUCUGAAUCAAUAAUCUUUUUUUGCUAUCCAGUAAUUUCAGAUCCAUCUGGAGUUGAGAUGUAACAUCAUUUACAAAAAACGCAUGUAUGCAAUUGUCUGUAGGUGUAGAAUUGAUCAUGUGUACCUAAAAUUUAAAUUACAUUUGGAGAAAAUGAAGCUUAAUUUAAGUGUUUUCUCCAGCCUAAACUGGAAGCAAAAUGACAUGCCUUUAUACCUUCUGACUUACUGUCUAGCCGUUUGUAGCAUUAAAACAUUUGUUGAACUCUUCAUUUUGGUAUACUUUAGUAUCCAGUUGACAGUUUUUCUGUCAGUCUGUUGUCAUGUAUAAUUGGGGGACUGUUUAGUUUUCCCUUUCUUAAUCUUGUAAAACUAUAAAAAAUUAUUUUGUAUGUAAAUAUGUUCCUUUAAUAAAUUUUAU